GUUGUUCAGUUUACGUGUUGGCUUCUUCCCGUGCUGUUCGGUGGUUUUCUGGCUCGCUCAUCAGGAAAGUGAAUGUCCGGUGUUAGUGACUUUGUGCUCGCGGCGGUAAUUUGAUUGGGUCUCGAUCGGUUAUCCGCGGCCAUCGUCGCGGCGUUGUUCUUUGUGGAAUCGAUUACGGUGUCGCUGCCUCGAACAACCUUUGUGUGAACAAAACGGCGCUCCGAAAAAAGGAAAUUUCAGAAGUUCUGUGCUGUGGAAAAACCUAAUUCUGAAGCCGUGUUGUUUGGCUGAUGUUUCUCUUUGAAAGAUCUCCACUGGAAGACGACAUCCCACACAAAGUGCCCCGACAAAGCGUACUCAGUGUGACAGUGUAUUGGUGGUGGGAGUUUUUUUAUCAGAUGAAUCUGAUCCUGGUGGUGCCUGCCGUUGUUGCGUUGUUGUCGUUGGGAGCGGAAGGAUGCUGAGUCUUUGUUCGUCGUCGUCAUCGUCGUAGACACGCGUUGGAUGGGCGAUUGAACGCCACGGUUAACUCGUCGGUAGUGUGAAGCUAGUGUACCCGGGUUGAGGGAAGAAAGGGUUUUUAUUAAAUUUGAUUUGGAAUAUCUCACUGCCAAGCCGCCGAGCUGGCCCUCCAGAAGAAAGUGGAAGUGCAUGCGUGUGUUGUUGAAGUGUUUGAAUUUUUAGCUCUCCGAAUGAAAGGAAAAGUGAUCAAGUGUUUGCAUCUCCUCCGAAAGUUAGCCUCGAUUUGCCUAUUCGCCAAGUGAUAGCGAUAGUGGUGUUUUGUUGGCAAAAAUAUUUCCUCGUUGCGAGUGGUGGAUUGUUUGCAAAGAAAAGUUUGCGGAAAGCGAAAAGAUAACUGCUGUCCAAUCAAUCCGCUUCAGUAGAGAACGAAGCACCAAACUCGGCAGACUUGGGGCGUACAGAAAAAAAAAUCGCAAUACAUAAAUAAAAUCCAUCAUCUGGACUCGCCGCCACCGUUCAACAACCGCGAAGGGGGAGCUCUCAAAUGCGCCGUGAUUGAGUCGCAGCACGGAUGCAAUGGUGAUAAUUCAUUCAUUCGUUUGUCGUCGUUGUCGUCCGCGCCGCUGAUGUGGUCCUUCAACCAGCUAGGGUAGCAUAGAAAAUUGUGAUUCACCACAACCCCAUCGAAGCUCUCUGCCCCGGAACAUGGAGCUGCUGUUGUUGUGUUAACGACGACAACGAGACUGGAUGUGGUUCCGCCCGGCGACGACGAUGAUGAUGGUGCCGCUAUGACAAAAACCAGGACGACGAUGCUGAUGAUGGUGACCAGAAAUUCAAACCGUAUUCGACGAGUGGGCUCAAAAAUUUGGUGAACCAACGAGUGUCGAAAAAAAAAAACAACUGUAUACCACUCCACGUUUGGAAGAAGAAAACUGCUUGGAAGCGCAGAAGAAUAAGUGCGAUCACGUUCUACUCGCGGCUAGGGGGAAAAGGUCUUGCCCCGAAAUUUACCCAGCUUCGUCGGCGGAGUGUAUCCAUUCGCGAGAAGAGCCAAUUAAGUUCGGAUACAAUACAGUGUGCCAACGCCGCGUGUGGUAGCGAGAGCAGUGUUGGGGGAGCUGCGCUAGGGUCGCGAAUAAAAAGUGAAGUGAAGUGCAUGCAGCUUCGAGUGCUGUGGCUGGGGUUGUUUAUUAUUUCAUGUUCGAUUGCUUCUCGGUGCGCGGCGGCGGAGAGCGCGAAAAAAGAAGAAUUCAGACCACCAGUAGCGUAGAAGCAAGCAAACUAACGGCGGCCGUUGGUUCUGUUUUUGGCUGAUUGGUGGCGCUGAUCGGCGGAGCAGAAGAAGAAAAGGCAGAAGCAAGGAGAGUCGGGAGGAGCCGUCGUGUCUCGUCGGCAAAGGCCAGUGCUGCUGGCGCGGUGGAGGUGUUUGGAAAAUGUUUCUAAAAUGUGGAUUAAUCGUUUUCACUCUUCUCGUCAUCGACAUCGAAAGUGGCUACGUAAGAGAGACAAAGAAAGAACGUCCCCUCAACGAAUACAUAUCCCACUACGAAACACUCAGCUACGACCACAAACAUCUGCAUGCUAGUCACAGUAGGGCGAAACGAUCGGUCACCAAAGAUCACCAUGUAUAUCUUAGGUUUAAGGCGCACGGAAGAGAUUUUAACAUUAGGCUAAGACGAGAUCUCAGUACAUUUAGCGAUAAGUUAGAAAUUCACACCGAAAGCGGUCCAAUUCAGGCGGACACCUCGCACCUCUACCACGGGGAACUGCUGGGGGAUCCGGACAGUCACGUGUUCGGCUCGAUCAUCGACGGGGUGUUCGAGGGCAAGGUGAUAAGCUCGCGGGACAGCUACUUUGUCGAGCGGGCGAAGCACUACUUCCGGAACAGUUCGCAUCCGGAUACGCACCCGCUGCAUCACGGGGUGGACGGGCACGCGGAACCGUUCCACUCGGUCAUCUACAACGAGAGGCACGUGGAUGAUCCGUACCGGGAGCGGAGGAAAGGCCACCCCUCCGGAUGCGGUUUCAACGAUGAGGUAUCCGCAUGGAUGGACCGUGUUCAAAACUCCGCACAGGAGGACGAUACCGUCACAUAUGACGGCGGUGCAGCAGAGGAUGACAACAGUGCCAGCACGGAAGCAGCGCCGUCGACCAAGCAAACCGCCGCCACCAGUAGUGGUGCAGAUAAUAAUGUGAAUAAUUUAGACGGAAAUUUAUUCCAAAAAUCAUCAACUCAGCCAAACUAUAAUAAUGUUAACGGUAGUAGCAGUGGCGACAGCAGCCGCACCAGCCAGAACUAUAAUAAUAAUUAUCGUAAAAGUAAUUCUAAAGAUAAUGUGAAUACUAAUUAUAACAAAGCCACCGGCAGCGGCGGCGGCGGCAAUCGGAUCGAGACCGGGUACGAGUUUAAAUAUCCUCACGAGAAGUACUCGAAAGCGGCCAACUGGAUGGCCGCCGGGGAGCAUCCGGACGAUCGGGAGUGGCACCAGCGGUCCCACGAGCGGGUCCGGCGGGCUACCCGGCCCAAAGAGGAGAACAAAAACACCUGCUCGCUGUACAUCCAGACGGAUCCACUGAUCUGGCGUCACAUCCGGGACAGCAUCGCCGAUCACGACCGAGGUCGAAAAUCGGAGAUUGACGAGAAAACUCGCGAGGAAAUCCUUUCGCUGAUAGCCCACCACGUGACGGCCGUCAACUACAUCUAUCGGAACACUAAGUUUGACGGGCGGAUAGAACAUCGCAACAUUCGGUUUGAGGUUCAAAGAAUUAAAAUCGAUGACGAUUCGGCGUGCAACGAAAACUACAACGGCGAGUCCAAUCCGUUCUGCAUGGAGAACAUCGAUGUGUCGAACUUCCUGAACUUGCACUCGCUGGGCAAUCAUGAGAUAUUCUGCCUGGCGUAUGUGUUCACCUAUCGAGAUUUCACCGGUGGCACCCUCGGACUGGCCUGGGUCGCAUCGGCAUCCGGUGCUUCCGGGGGCAUCUGCGAAAAGUACAAGACCUACACGGAAACGGUGGCCGGCCUCUACCAGAGCACCAAACGUUCCUUGAACACGGGUAUCAUCACCUUCGUGAACUACAACAGUCGCGUUCCGCCGAAGGUGUCGCAGCUGACGCUGGCCCACGAGAUUGGCCACAACUUCGGGUCACCGCAUGACUACCCUGCCGAAUGUCGCCCGGGAGGUAUCAACGGUAACUACAUCAUGUUCGCCAGUGCCACCAGCGGCGAUCGGCCGAACAAUAGCAAGUUUUCCACCUGUUCCGUGCGGAACAUCUCCAACGUGUUGGAUGCGAUCGAGGACAGCAAGAAGCGCAACUGCUUCCAGGCUUCGGAGGGUGCCUUCUGCGGCAAUAAAAUCGUUGAAAUCGGAGAGGAAUGCGACUGUGGGUUCAACGACGAAGAAUGCGCCGACAAGUGCUGCUAUCCUCGGGUGAUCAGCGAAGUGGAUCUGGGACUGAACGCCACGGCCAAGGGCUGUACACGGCGGGCCCGGACGCAAUGUAGCCCCUCGCAGGGACCGUGCUGUGAUAGCAAUAGUUGCAAGUUCGUCUCGAGCUUCUCCAAUGUGACCUGUAAGGAGGAAACCGAGUGCUCUUGGAGUUCGACUUGCAACGGAACGACUGCCGAGUGUCCCGAGCCGAAACCGCGGGACGACAAGACCAAGUGCAAUAACGGAACCCAACUGUGCAUAAAGGGCGAAUGUGCCGGGUCGAUUUGUCUGCUGUGGAAUAUGACUGAGUGCUUCCUAACGUCCAACAUCAUUCCGAACAUCGACAAGCGGAAGCUGUGCGAGCUGGCGUGCCAAAACGGGAACGACACCGGCACCUGCCGCAGCACCAGUGAGUUUGCUCAUCUCUUCGGGUUACCCGACGGGGGGAUUAGUUUACGUCCAGGAUCACCCUGUGAUAACUUCCAAGGAUACUGUGAUGUAUUUUUAAAAUGCCGUGCCGUCGAUGCCGAGGGCCCCCUGGUGCGGCUCAAAAACCUGCUGUUCAACAAGCAAACCCUGCAAACGGUGGCCCAGUGGGUGACGGAGAAUUGGUACAUGGUGUGCCUGUUCGGCAUCCUGUUCGUGAUCUUCAUGGGGAUGUUCAUCAAGUGUUGCGCCGUGCACACGCCCAGUUCCAACCCGAAGAAACCGCCGGCCCGACGGAUCACUGACACGCUGCGGCGGCCGAUGAACACCCUGAGGCGAAUGCGUCAUCACCACGGUGGUCACGGGCCGCGAAGUGUUCCUGUGCCGCACAGUGACCGAUCCCGUAGCGGGGGCGGUGGUGGCGGCGGCGGCGGCGGGGGUGGUGGUAGAAGCCGAGGUGGAGGAGGAGGUGGAGGUGAUGGCCACGGUGAACGACGCAGUGGGCACCCGUCCUCCUCUGGCGGCUCCCGGCCGUCCAACAGUAGUAGUUCCAGAGUGCCAGCGCAUGGGUAUGGUGAAGGCAGAGGCCAACAAUACUAUCCACCGAAAGCAACCGCGCCGCUAAUACAGAAUUAUAGCAGGAUGAACAGUGCCGAGCUGUACGCCGAAGCCUAUCCGGAUCGGAGCACGUACGGCGAGCUGCCCCGGCGCCACCAAUCCAACAAUAAGGUCUGACAAGAUGGACGUUUUACCACCACUACCACCACCAGCAGCAGCAGCAAUGGCAACACUGGCACGACGGACAGCCUGAACAACAAUAACAGCAACAACAGCCAUACCAGCAACGGUAACGGUAACAACAGCAGCAGUGGGUUCUUUGAGAAUGUCUACUACUACAACAAUAACAAUAUUUAUAAGAUAUUUUUAUUUUUCUAAGGUGAACCAAAAAGAAAUGCAGAACAAAAACUCAUUGAUACAAGCAAGCAAGAGAAAUGAACGGGGAAAACUCAUAACUUGUACACACAAAAAAAACUAGGAAACCGAGAAUCAAAUAGACGUUUUUUCUCAUUAUCUAAACAGAAACAAAUAGAGGAAAAGAUAAGACAAAUGUAAAACGUAGGAUUGCCGAAGACGCGCGAGAGAGAAAGAGAUAAGUUUGAAAGAGAUCUGUUGAACGAAUGAGUAUUAUUAAGUGGAUUAUUACAAAGAAGAACAAAGAAAAGUGAGAGAAGUUAGUUUUUAAUCAAAAUUUGCUAAAACAAAAGAAAUCUUUGUGGUAUUGUAUUAGAGUAAAUCUGGUGGAUUGAUAAUCGUUGAUUCUUGGUCUUUUGGUUUGAAGGAUGAGCAUAUGUUCAGAGUUGAGUUUAGCAAGAUAGAGAAUGGUGCGAGUAGGGGUGGAGAAACGAGUGAAAAGGCAAACGUAUCAAAACUAGAUUAGCGCCGCGUGUCGGUCGAAUGACGAGAAGUAGAAGACAGUUACUAAAAAAAAUUGUACUAUCCUCCGGGUCCAGAAAAAUAGUGAACAAAACAAACAAAAAUGUGUUAAAAGCAAAACAAAUAAACUAUUAUAGAUUACAAAUGAGGUAAAAUUUAGCAAGAAUGGAGAAGUGACUAUGCAGAUGGAAAUAUAAGAAGGUUUAUUAAGUUUUUACCUUUGUCUUCUGUUGAUCGUAGCGGCAUAGUUUAGGCGAAAUAUGGUGUAGAAAUCGGCAAACGGUUGGUUUUGCGUCGGAUUUUGACAAGCGUGGUCGCGAGUUUCCCUCCGUGUGUUUUUGUCGUCGAACAAACUCUUCGACUGCCAACGAUUUUCUCUUUACUACUUAAUUAGGUGCGUUAAAAUUUUGAAGACACUCAAACACAAACACAAUUUAGGACAGCGUAACGGGAGCCAAUCCCCACAAAAGUAGCGAACCAGUUAGGUUUUGAGACCGUGUUGCAUGGAAAGAUACUAUUGACCGAGAAAGAAGACGAUAAAAAUGCUAUAUGUGAUAUAUAUUUUUCUAAAACAAAAACAGCAAAUCUGAACAAAACAUGUGGAAUGUGGAGAAGCAAUUCAUCUUGAAGGAACUGAGUGCGAAAACUGUGAAGACAAAUAAACGUCAUAAGUAUUAUCAACGGAUUUGGUUUAGUAGCGGACGGAUAUUAUUUUAUCGCUCUAGGGAGACUGAACAGCACAUUUCCUCUUUUUUAACCCGUUCAAAAACAUCUGCGAAACUGCCUGCAAUUUGUAAUGAUUUUGAAACGAUGAUGGAUACCCACUCAAGUGAAAAUAGGAUUCUCAUAAAAAAAAGGCCAAAUGCUCAAGUCCCCGAAGUUUCUCCACUCAGUAAGUGUUAUACUUUGUAAGCGUAACAUUGGCGUUACGAUGGUCAACAUUUGCAACAUAUGAUUUCAUGAUUGCGAAAGACGUCACUCAAUGCAGUGCAUCACAAAACUAUAGUUAGUUCUUAGGAGUUUUCCAUUUUUCAAUGGUGCAUAUUUUAGGCCAAAAGGGAGAGGAAUUUGUAGAAAUUUUAUGUAGCUAUAAUAAAUUUAUCCCAGUCCCAGCUGUGUUUAGUUCCUGAAAAAGAGAAGUAGUAAGUUCUUCCCGUCAGACCUAAUUCGUAUGCUUUAGGCUUUGUUUGCCAUACAAUAAUACACGUUUUUGUCGCAGUAACAUAUGCGUACAUAGGAAUUUCGCUCGUGGAUCUAUGGCUAUGUAGGGGAGUCAGGUCGUGAUGCUUUCACGGCUUCAGUAAUGUAAUUUAUAAAGAGUCUUAAAAAAGACAUUUGACUUUCUUUAAAAACAUUGAGGUGUGUUAAACAGGUUAAAACAUUUCUAAAAACCUAUGAAAUUCAGAAGAUUUUUAAAAUAUUUGAAUAAUUUAUAUGUUUUCUCCCUUUUAAAGAGAAAUUUCUUGAAAGAAAUUAUCUGUCGGAAUAUAUAAUAAAAUCAUUAAUUGAAAUGCAUUGUUGAUCAUCACAUUCGUGAUGUUCAUAUGGCUAACAUGCCUUUUCAUGUGAACCAACAUGUCAACCAAUCUGCUCAUUCUUCAUUACACCAACAAAGCUAGCCUUGAAAAUGUUUGACACUUCUGAGGUCAGACCACACACAUGCACAAAAAAAACGGAUCAAAUAUUCUACUUUAUCGAUCGUGUUGCCGUCUUUUUCAUGCUCAUGUUACAUCUGUCAAAAUGACCUGGACUUGUCAGUCUUUUUGAGGUUAAGUUCGUUGGUGUAAUAAAGAAUUGCGUCUUGCGAAAAUGCGCAGCGAUUGAGCAAAUUUCAGUCCUGCUGAUGGUUUUCAUCUCGAUGAUCGAGCUAACGCUGGUGUCUACUGUCGUGAACUAAGACUACAUCAGUCGAAUUCACUUGGCAUAUACUACACCUUGUACUACAACAUGUUUGUUUCCAGGCUUUCUACAAAUAGUUCACCAAAGUCUUCUGCAGGAAAAUACGCAUCUAAUACUUUUGUUUUUGAAAAUCCUUCAUAGUAAUGGUGCCAGAGCUUCUAGGUUAGGUCUGAUAGGAAUUAACUUACUACCAUACCAUACAAUUCAUUUCCUAUUUCCAUCGAUUAGCUAAGAGCAAAUUUGUAGCGUUUCUAUCAUUCUACGAAAACAUUCGUUUGGAUCUCGACGAUAGGCGAAGAAGAGGCAUUUAAAGAAAUUUCUGCGGAACGAAACAUUCAACAAAUGUACAGACAUAUACAGAAAUGCAAAAAAAAAGAAGAUAAUAAUCAGCAUGCGGAAUGGAAGCGAAGGAAAAUAAACCCAAAACCUACAGCAACAAAGCACAUAAACAUACACACGUACAUAGAUGAAGAUGUACGCCAGCAGCAUUCAACCGCAAAUGGAAAACUUGACUCGAGCAGAUAAACGGGAGAAGUGAAACAGAAAAAAAACAAUAUAUAUGAUGAACUAUUUUUUAAUUUUUAUUAUAUACAUUCAUAUUAGAAACAUACAUAUUGUAUAAAUUUAGAAGCGAACAGGAAAACUCUCCGUGUGAACAAGAAGUCUCCUACAGAAAACCAGUAACAUGAAGCAAAAGAUGUACUCGACAGAGAGCAUGCAGAACGGGAUUUAGUGGAGUCAGAGUGAUCGUGUGGAUGAGAGCGAAAAAGCAUUAUGGUAGAGGCAUAUUAGCGCGGGAAGAAACUGGACAAGUACUCUGGACCGUACCAUGCUGUAAACACAAACAUGCAGAAGAGAAAUGACGAGAACAAAAAAAAAACAGAAAAAUACACACAAAUUGUAAAUGUUUGUAAAUAGAGCCAUAUAUCUAAAUGCAGACGAUGAUGGCGAAGGCAGGCGCUGAGAAGGAUGAAAAGAAAAACCUAAAUAAAAGCAAAGAAAAUUGAGGAUUAUCAA